UAUUGGUCCGCUGUAAAAUUCAGGCCAACGGCAAAUUUUCGUCCAUUUUGUUUCCCGUGCACCGUUUUUCGCCGCAGUGGCGCCAGUUAAAAAGUGAAAACCUCCUUUAUUUACCAUGUUCCACCAAAAAUCGAAGAAAAAGCCACCCCCAAGGCCUCCACCUCCGAACUUUAUGAAAUAUAAGAGUAAGUCGUCGUAUAACCUAACCCAAGGAACCCCGAACUUGAUCGAGUGGAGCCCCCCGAGCUCGCCAAAGGCGGAACGUACGCACCAGUUUGGUGGAAGUGUUUCUAGUUCGUACAGUAGCAGUACUAGCAGUCUAACUUCUAGUAAAAAAAGCCUAGAGAAUGACAAUUCCGUGUUCAAUAUAACCUGGUUAAGCAAUACUUCCACUGCGGUAAAACCGAGGAUAAUUCGGGCAGCGCCCCCGAAAAAGGGCAAGGACGAGGCAUCGGGCUCGCCCCCCAUGCCCAAAGUGCCCCCGCCCAGCCCCCCGAAGGGGGGCUUCGACGUGGUGACACCGUAUGGCAUCGCCUUGUUCGAUUUCCCAGCAACACAACCUGGCGACUUGCCACUGCAAGUUAAUGACGUUGUUGAGCUGAUCAGAAGGGUUAACAGCGAGUGGUUAUAUGGGAAAGUUUGUGAUAGGGAAGGGAUUUUUCCUGAGAGUUUUAUUCAAGUCCAAGUACCUUUACCUGGAGAAGACCAAAUAGUUACAGUUUUAUACGAAUUUACACCUCAGAUGGCGGGAGAUUUGCCCUUAAAACCUGGCCAAAAAAUCAAGGUUAUUAGAAAAGUCUCCGACGAUUGGCUUUAUGGGGAAUGUAAUGGCCUCAAAGGACAGUUCCCAAGGAAUUUUGUCUCUUAAAGCGACUGCCUUUUGUAUUACCAUGUGAUCGUCCACAUUAAAUGUGAUAAUUGUGCCUGAUAGGCCUAUGUUUUGUAAAUCUAUUUUUGUUGUAAUAUGUCAAAUAUUUUUUUAAUCGAAUAAAACAAACACUUGUUCAUUAACAA